UCCAGAGAUUACAUAUAAAACAAUCACGUGGUAUUAAAAGAGAUAAUCUAUACAAACAACGAUCUUUCGCAUUGACUAAGAUUGACCGAAGCUACAGAUUUGUUUCGCUUCUUCGUAUCGAUCCCAAAUUCUCUUGCGUUUUGUCAAACUCGCGGUUGAUCAGUUCCGAAAGAACUGAAGAACAAGUUCUAUUUUUCGUCAAUUCAGGUUGGAGGCACAUAAAUUACAUAGAUUAAUCGUCCAGAAAAUUGAGAACAGAUAGCAAUUGAUACGAAAAAAUGGUGCUUUCCAAGCCUGUCAAUCUUUUUUAUAGUCUCAUCGGCGCAUAUUUACAACGGCUGUAUUACAGUCCUUUAAAAACAAAAGCUGUAACGAGUUGCAUUAUCGGCGCCCUUGGAAAUGUGGUAUCUCAGAAAUUAUCCAACAUCAAGCAGCUUAAUGAAGACAGUAUCUUGGCUUUUGCUCUAUUUGGACUAUUAUUUGGAGGUCCGGUACCCCAUUACUUUUAUACAUAUAUACAAUUGUUCGUGAAACAUCCUUUAGGAAUUCUUCUAAUAGAGAGACUUAUAUACACACCGUGUUUCCAAGCUCUUGCGCUCUAUCUACUUGCCAUCUUUGAGGGCAAAACCCAUCAAGUGGCAUAUACUCAGAUGCAAAAAUUAUAUUUACCGACAUUGAGGGCUAAUCUGAAAUAUUUGACGUUGUUCCAUUAUAUCAACAUAAGAUAUGUUCCACCAAUGUUGAGAGUCUUGAUUGUCAAUUUGAUUGGUUUUGUAUGGAUUAUAUAUGUUGCCAAUAAAAGAGCAAAAGUUUCGAAAGAGAAGUAGAAAAAUACGAGGAUCUAUUGUAAUUAUUAUUAUAAGUAUUUUUAUAAGUACAAUGAAUAAUGUACGUUGCAUAUGGGUAUGCUAUGAUACUUCUUGAUCAUUUAAAAAAUCAAGAGCGAUAAGAUAAUUUUACACAAAUAUUUUUAAUAAAUUUACUAAGUACUAACGGCACUCUUAUUGUACAAAGUGAAGUAAUAUGUGAGUAAUACAUUCCAUCGUUAUAUUUGUUGAUGUUGGUCUAAGAAAUGUACAAAGUAUAUCAAUUUAUUAUACUUAAUACAUAUUAAGAG